AUGCCUGUUGCUUUACGUAGCCUCUUCGCAACUGUCCUCAUUUUCUGCCAACCAAGUAACCCCAAUGCGCUUUGGCUAAAGUACUAUGAUGCACUAUCGGAGGAUCUCAACCGUGAAUUCCAAGAUUCAGAGGCUAAGGUUAGACAAUUAACGGCCAGCCUGGACCACCUGCUUGAAGCUACAGAUGAUGAGAUAGCACGAACACGGGACAUCAUUGAUGCCCUCGAUGCACCGAUACCUGAGCAUUGCAUCCAUUGUCGUGGAAGCAAAACCUUCUUGUACAAUGCCUUGUACGCAGAGAUUCGACUCAUGGGGCUGAUUGUACUUCCAACUGCUACGUCAGGCAUAGCUGCAGCAAACAUACCAUCCGGAAGAACAACACAUUCCAGGUUUAAGAUCCUUAUCGAUACUGAAGCUUCCGUUGCCUGCGAUGUGCCCAAACAAGGUAGCUUGGCUGCUUUGAUAAAGGAAACAACGCUCAUCAUAUGGGACGAGGCUUCCAUGGCAAGGAAAGAAAACGUUGUGUCCCUUGAUUUACUGCUUAGAGACUUGUGUGAUGAAACCAAAUUAUUUGGCGGUAAGCUUGUUAUUUUUGGGGGAGAUUUUCGACAAGUUCUCCCCGUCCUUCCCCGCAAAAUAGAGCGGAAAGCAGUUGGUGUGAGCAUAGUGAGUUCUGCCUUGUGGCCUCAAUUGAAAAAGUUCCGUCUCACAGAGAACAGACGGGGCCGAGAAGAUCCACACUUUUCAGCAUUCUUGCUUGCCCUGGGAAACGGGGAACUGCAGACUCCUGAAAAUAACUAUGUCCAGCUACCGAGCGAAGUUGUUAAACCUCUAGAGGAUGGCAGGGACCCGAUCACAGACCUGACCUCACUUACAUUCCCAGAGUUAGACCUACAUACCUUUACCUCAGACAUAUUUACAACAAGAGCAAUACUGACUCCGAUGAAUGAUGAUGUUGAUUCCAUCAACACAUAA